AUGAUAGUGGCGGAUGCUAUGAUUCAACAGCUGACACAACAAGUGUUCACAGCUCUGCAAGAACAAGCUAGAUUUGCACUUGACUUCCAAAGUCAGUUCGAAAUGAUGAAGACGAAGCUAGACCUUACAAAGGCCCUACUUGCUGACACAGAGAACCUCAAGAGCAAGAAGAAAGCUGUCAAGACGAUUUUGAUUAACUUGAGAGACCUGAUUUACGAAGCUGACAACAUAUUAACAGACUGUCUUGUUAGAGAUGAAUAUCAGAAAGAUGGAUCCUGCACCAGUUUCACACUUCAGAAGCCAAUAUUCUUGUAUCAAACAGGCAAGAAGUUGAAGGACAUUAAUGCAAAAAUGGAGACGAUGGAGAGGUCACUGGCAUUGUAUUUGAAAGCCCCGGACGAAAGCAACCAUGGAGAUAACACAAACCAGGUUAUGAAAUACGCAUCACAGGAUUGUGUCCCAUCUGAGAUAAUUGGACUUGAAAAGGAUCUGGAAAAGUUAAAAGGCUGGAUGCUUUACGCAAAAGAUGUACUUCUCCGAGUUGGCAUCGUAGGGAUGGGUGGCCUGGGUAAGACCACAAUUGCCCAGAAAAUUUUCAAUGAUAUAGAGGUAGCAGGUCAUUACGACAAGAUGAUUUGGGUGUCUGUUUCUCAAGCUUCAAGUGACUUGAGGAUCAUGAGAAGCAUGUUGGAACAAUUAGAACUCCAUUGCUCUGUGUCAGAUGAAGCUCAAAUGUUGCACAAACUAAACCAACUACUUAGAGACAAGACAUGCCUCAUUGUAUUGGAUGAUGUAUGGGAAAUUAAUCAAGAAUGGUGGAAUCAAUUAUGCUCGGCGUUACAAAAUGCCGUGGGAAAAAGCAACUGCAUCAUAAUCACAACAAGAAAAGAAGAUGUCUUAGUGAGUAUGGACGUUGACAAGUCACAGGUUCAUCAGCCAAAAACUCUAAAAGAAGAUGAUAGCUGGUUGCUGUUUAGCAAAUCUGCGUUUUCCAGGUGCAAGGAUAGAAAAUGCCCAGAUGCUCAAUUCGAAAGAGUUGGUAAAGAAAUAUUGGAGAAAUGUGGGGGACUUCCACUGGCAAUUAAAGCAAUAGCAGCAUUAUUGGCUUCAAGAUCACAUUCAAUUGUCCAGUGGAUUGAAGUUAAUGAUAAUUUUCAUGAAUUGACGUCCGGAGGAAAUUUUAGCUCAGUGAUGGCAUCCUUGCAACUGAGCUAUGAUGAACUUCCAUCACUGUUAAAACAAUGUCUAUUGUGUUUCUCCAUUUAUCCUGAAGAUUCGGAGAUACAAGCAGAGCAACUGAUCAAUUGGUGGGUUGGAGAGGGGCUAGUGCAGGGCAAGGGCUGGAAAACAGCAAAAGAAGUGGGUUUUGAUUACCUAUCUGAGCUAGUUACUAGAUGCUUGGUUGAAGCUGUGCAUAGGCGAGGAUAUGAUGGAAGAGUCUACUGUUGCAAGAUGCAUGACAUGGUGAGGGAACUGACCACUAAAAUAGCAGAGGAAGAGUCAUUUGGCGAAUUUGAUGUAAAAGGCAAGCAGGAAAUGACAGCAAAUUCUCGUUGGUUGGGUUUUACAAGUGAAAUGAACCCAAAAUCAUUGAGGAAAAGUUCAAAGCUUAGAGCCUUAUUGAUAAUGUCAACCUACAAAGCCGGAUUUGAUAGGAAUAUUGGGUCGCUCAGUUCUCUCAGAGUGUUGGAUUUCUCCCUGACUAAGUUGGAGAACAUUUCUGUGGAGGAACUCAUGGAUUGGAUUUGCUCCCUUAAACGCUUGGCAUAUUUGAAUCUAAAUGGAGUUGUAGGCCUCAAAGAACUACCGCCUUCUAUCAGGAAACUCCGCAACCUUCAGCUUUUGAUUUUAGGUGGAUGCAAUGACCUCGUCAAACUACAUCCUGCAAUCACUAAUUUGACGAAGCUGAUCGUCUUGGAUUUAGGAUCCUGUCGCCUCCAGCACCUACCUCGAGGAAUAGAAAGGCUCUCCUAUCUUCAAGAACUGUCUGGAUUCAAAGUAGGAGCCAGCAGCAGAUCAUCACCAAGUUGCAGGUUUUCUGACCUUCAACAGCUUGUCCACCUAAGAGUACUAAGAAUGAGUGUCGGUAAGGAGAGCGAAAUUGCAGAAAAUGAUAGGUAUGUCCUCUUGAAUCUCAACAAGCUUAAAGUUCUAGCCAUUGAUGCCGAAGAUUGUGAAGACAACAGUAUCUCAAAGAAACUUGAUAGCCUUUCCCCCCUCCAGCUCUCCAGGAGUUGUAUAUCAGGCGUUAUCGCCAAGAUACUCUGCCUGCGUGGAUCAAUCCUGAAAGGCUCUCUAGCUUGCAAUACAUUUGUAUUGAAAAUGGGGAUAUCAUUGACUUCCAAACAAGCCCUCAAUAUGUAG